AUGAAAGAGAUUUUUGCCAAGGCCCAAUGUGAGCGCCUGGAACCUGCAAACAGAUUACCAGCGAUUAUUAGCCAAAAUACCCUAGAUGCAGUUCUGAGAUUGUCGAAAAUGACAUUGGAUCAACUACUGCAAGCUCCUCACAACGAAAAGUUAAUUCUCCUGAAGUUCGGGCCAGAUAUAGUCCGCAUAGCCGCUGCAAAAGAAGUACUGCGAGAGUGUGAUGCGUGGUGGGCUGUCGACUUGUAUUUGGAUGAGGCGGACGGUUACCUGCGACGUCAAUUAAGAGAACAAUAUUCAAACCAAACAAAUUUUUGUGAUGGCGACAUAUAUUCCAAAAUCCGCGUGUAUCGAAAGCAACGAUCUGAGGCUUCCCGCAACAACGACAUGGAUGCGGUUAGGACAUACCGCUUCGCAGAAGGACGAUGGUGGGCAAGGUUAUCGGCGAGUAAUCAGGGGAUCCUCAAACAGCUUUUUGAUAAGAAGCACAAGAAAUACGUCACUGAACUAGACGCCUUUCUCAAUUUCCCCGCUCUCUUAGCGGGAGAUGUUACAGUGGAUAGAGCUCUUGCAAAUAACACGGAAUGGAUUAAUAUGACAGAUAGGCCGACUUUACGAAAGCUUGAGAGCCGGAUCCCAAAAUUCUGUAAAGAAGAUGAGAAUAUGAUACGACAAGGAAUGAGUAACCGGAAUUCGGACGAGGAAGAGAUGUCGAUCGACGAAUCCUUCAAAGAAAUGUUCACAGAUAUCAACCAGAAGGACGAUGAGGUUUUGAUACAAGUACAGAAAUACUCACUAAUACCGUAUCCCGGGGAAAAGGACGCUGGGCAAUCAAAACCUCAACCCGAGAAGGACAUAACCGUGUGGUAUACCUUUGCGACACUCGCUUAUCAGCUAGGCUUUGAAUCAAACAAGAUCCAAACCCUCAAAUCGCAAGAUCCCGACCGUGAGAAGGCCCGUGCUGUAUUGUUGGGUGCUCGAAAUCCUAAUGAAUUCAUCUACGAUGAGGUGUUAUUUGCCCGCUUCCAGGAUGAGAUUUGUUCCAUGUGUGCAACUGCCACAGAAAGAUCAACAGCCACGCAACUCCGCUUCCGAACCAUAGACGGCGGUGAAAGUAUAAAGCGCCGUUCUGGGCGUCCAUUGCAUAUAAAUAUUAUCGGGAACGACUUUUCGCCCAUGCUUUCUGGAGCCCAGUGGAGAAUGACGGCCAGGGGUGUCACCGCGCUCUCAAUCCGUGUCUCCAUAUGCAAUGCCUACUUUGGAGAUUGUUUCUCCAAAAUCUCUACCAACCCCCUUGGGCCGGCAUUCAGCAUUUCCAAGCCUCUGAACGGCAUGAAUGCAACAAGGGAUGCACUGCAAAAACUCAAUGACCAGAUUGGGGCACUUCAAGAAGAGCUCGACUUCACCAGAAGAGAUAAGCAGAGCAUCGACAGCAAAAUCUCGAACUUCAGGCGCGGACAGAUUGCAAAUUUUCGAUCUCAGCUAGGGGAUCUCGAGAGCAGAAUGCACAACGCGGCCAGAAAUGCUUCGAUAGUUGACAAGGCGAAAGCCCAAAUGCAGUCAAGAGUAAGAGAACUGGAGGCAGGGGAAAAGCUCCAAAAAGAGGGGUUGGAGAAAGCAAAGGAUGAGAUUCUAUCAUUGCAACAAAGCAUGGUAUCGGUGAAAAACACAAAUGAGGCGCUUCAACAACAACUUCAAGAUCUUCGUAAAACAAACGGAGCGGUGGUGCAGCAAAGAGACUAUCUAGAGGGAAAACUCCAUGACUACCAAGCCGCACAAUCAAUCGACGAUGGGAAUUCCCAAGCUCGAAUUGAGGCUUUGACAAUUGAGAAUACGGAGAACACAAAGCGAUUCGCAGAAGAGGCAGACGAAAACUCGAAGCGAAAGAAAAGAUCAUUGCUCAGCUACGAAAAGCUAAACGCGACCAGUCUCGAAAGGAGGAGGAAUGGAUUUGCUCGCUUGGAAGCAGAGCUCAAAGAUAUACCACAGCUUGACCUGCACAACGGAAAUCAAUUUCAGCUCCAUGCAGAGAACCAAGAACCUGGAAGUAUGAUGGAAAUGGGGAAUCAGAACGAAUCAGCUGAUACAUCGCCAAGAUCGAAAGUUGCAUGGUACCACGGGGAUGGGAACAAGAAGCCUGAUGUGCAGGAUAUGAGCCUCCUGGAGAUAAAACGUCUCGCAAAAAAGUGUAUCCGGAAUCGGAGGUUCUUAUUUGAUCGGAAAACCGAUCGAAGCCUGAACCCUGAAUCAGUCGCUGAGUCUGUCAAGGAAGGAAAGGAGCUAGAGACUGUUGUAGUUUCAAGUGGCGAUGUGAAGGCUAUCAAUCCGCCGAAAGGUUUGGUGAAUUCAUCUACGCGAAACCGGCCAAUAAUACAACUCCCAGAAGGGCACAUUCAGCCCACCAUUACAGAGGUUGUUUGA